UCUCGUCUGAGCCCAUAUCGACCGGUGUUUGAGCCCGUCUCGCUCGUACGAUGUGAGAUCGCAAAUUUCAGCCUAAAAGGGUGAACGAACGCGGUUGAGCUCUGGCUAGCGCCCCUGCAACUUUCGCUUUCAAUGGACUCCUUCAAAGACGUCUCUCCACUUCACGAUCCGUUCACGGCCUUGAAAGCUGGAGCUUCAAAGCGAAGAGGACAGGAGACCUCCUUCGCGAUGCGCUCGCUCCUCUUCUCGACCUACCGCUUCAGCAUGUCCAGCGAGCAUGCGGGCAUCUCUGCCCAGGACGCCUGCGAUUUCUUGCAGGAUGGCCCGACGUUCCUCUACGCCAACCCAUCCGUCUUGUCCGUCGAGGCUGACCCUGUUGAGGCUGGCCUCUUUCAAGUGACGGAGAAGCUCGACAAUCCCGUGAUGAGGGCGACAGCCUUCACUUCGCGCAUCCAGGUCUCGGAGCAGGGCAGCAAAACCGUGUGGACGUCCGAGGCGGCCCUGGGCGUCCGUGUCAGGUCCGUCUACAAGGUCUCGUCUGUCGGUGGUUCGAAGGAACACCAGAAGGAGAAGGAGACUGUCAAGGACGAGAACACGGGCAGCGGAAAGGGGGUCGUGAUCAUCGACGAGGAGACGGACGUGAGAGCGCCGUUGGGUUUCAUGUGGUAUGUCCGGUGGCAGAUUGACAUCGCGCACAAGAAGUUCCACAAACAGCUUGUCGAAGCUCUUAGAACGAAGCAUCCUGCGUCUGCUUCUGUGCCUGCUCCAGGCCCUGCUCCAGCCUCUGCUUCACAUCCUGCUCCCACUGCUUCCUAACCUUUGCAUCGCCGAUGUCUCUUCCAUGUGUACACUAUGACUACCUAGACGCUCAUCAUACCCAGGCUCUAUAAGAUCGAAUAUAUCGGUAUUCGAGAGUGACACGAGUAGAAGACUACAUGUUACGAUACUAGUAAUAAUGUAUAGGUUUCCAGG